AUGUCCAGUGACGGAGACGCCACCGCCACUAACAACAGCAACAACAGUAGCAACGCCAACAACGUGAACCUCCAGAUGCAGCUCCAGCUCCAGAACCAACGCGCCCAGAUGCAGCAGCAGCAACUGGCGCUCCACGCGUUUUGGCAGCACCAGAUCCACGACAUUUCGCAGAUCGAUCCCAAUGCUUUUGACUUUAAGACGCACCAGCUGCCCCUUGCGCGGAUCAAGAAGAUCAUGAAGACGGACGAGGACGUGCGGAUGAUUAGCGCGGAAGCGCCCGUGCUGUUUGCCAAGGCCUGUGAGAUGUUCAUCCUCGAGCUGAGUCUCCGAGCGUGGAUCCACACGGAAGAGAACAAACGCCGCACGUUGCAGCGCAACGAUAUUGCCAUGGCGAUCACCAAGACGGACGUGUUUGACUUUCUUAUUGAUAUUGUCCCGCGGGAUGACAUCAAGCCGGCGAAGAAGGGACCCGUGGAUCCUCAGGCAGUGUACCAGCAGCAGCUGCAGCAGCAACAAGCUGCAAUGCUGCAACAAUUGUUACAGACGCAGCAGAGCGGGGCUAUGGCUGGUGGCAUGCAAUGGCCGGCACAACACUUGCAGCAGCAGAUGUUGCAGCAGUACCAGCGGAUGCAGAACAUGCAGCAGAACGCAACAGAAGCGACGGGUGGACCUUCGACGCCGUCGAACGGAGUGCUGCCGAACUUGUCGCCGUCAGAAAGUGAGGCUGCUGGCCAGUCCGAAGCUAAUGCGACCUCUGGAGAGUCGACGUCUGAUCAGCUCUCACUGAACCAACGGAGCGUCGACGUAUAA